CGCCCGAGAGAAGACGAAACUCACGCCAACGAUCGAUUGAUCGACGGCGGUCUUCACCGGACGAGAAGCAUGGUGAUGAGCGAUCGCGCGAGCGUCGUCGUAAUCGUUCGAGCUCGUACAGUUCCCGCAGUUCACGCUCCUAUACAAGAUCCAAGUCUCGUUCGCCCGUUAAAAGGAAUAAAUCACCCCGGAAACGAUCGCGAAGUCCCGGAUACAGAGAGCGAAGAAGCCGCAGCCGUUCCGGUUCCUUCGGUGGAGGAGGUGGUGGAAGAUUCCGAGGACGCCGUGAUGAUCGGCGUGCAGGAGGGGACCACCGGGACCGUUCACCGGGCGGAUACAAUCAGCCAGCGUUCGGACACGGUGGCAGUAACAAUCGUCAACGGGGCGGCAACCACAGUGGCGGUCAACGAGGCGGUCGUCCUCGAGGUGAUAGCCGUGAGAUGAUGGGUCCGAUGAAUCACGGAUCCGGAAUGCAACCGUUCCCCCCGCGAGGCGGCUAUGAUCGACCGGCCACCCACCAUGCUAAUAUACCUUCACUGUUGGGCCUUGGAAGCGGUGAUGAUAUGCAUAUGCAUCAGGGCGGAGGAGGAGGAGGAGCAGGAGGAUACGGUCCGCACGGCCAAAAUACUAACGAUGGUGGUGGCCAUCAUCGAACAGCCCCAGGAGACGCCCCAGGACUGAUGCAACAACAUGGUGGUGGCGGCGGCGGAGCAGGAGGAGGAAUCCAAGCCGGAGGUAGCGGCGGUUUCGGUCAGCAGAACAACAACAGAUAUGUCGGGCGGGACGAUCGUGAACGAAGCGUCAGCAGCUAUGGAGGUGCGGGACCGGGCGGUGAACGGCAGGAGUUCUACGAUGGUGAGCCACCAUUCCAUCAUCAGCAUGGCGAUCGUAAGGAGCGGCAGCGUAGCGGAGAACGGCACCGAGCGUCCAGCAACUCCUCGCCCACCAACACACUGCUGCCACAACAGCAACAACAGCAGCAGCAGCACGGUAGAGAUGGUCCCGAUCGUUGGCCUGAUCAACAUCAUCAUCAUCAUCAAGAUGAUAGCGACCGGUAUCCCCAUCAUCAGCGAGGUCGAUCGCGUAGUCGAGAUGAAAAGGGGCCAACCAUUGCCGGUCGAGAUGCUGAGCGGCACCAUCGUGGCGUAUCGUCCGGCACCGGUGGUGGUGGCGAUGGUCACCGACAAGGACGAUCGCGGUCUCGUGACGACCGGAAGGGGCGAAGCGUUGCGAAACAUGACCGAGGAGGAGACGCCAGCGAGGCUAAGAGAAGGGACCAUUCCAAGCAUUCGGAAUCGUCGGUUGAACGGCGUGAGAAACCAUCGGCCGGUGGUCAUCGGGGCCGAUCCGGCCAGGAGCACGAUAAGGAGCGUGAGAAACCGGAUCGCAAACAUCAUUCCGAUGGACAGGGGAAGGACAAGCGGAUCGGUUCGGAGCAGCAGCAACAGCAGCACCACCACCAGCAGCAGCAGAAUCGUCGCGAGGAUCGCGACCGAGAGAAGGAGCGCGACCGGGACCGAGAGCGUGAUCGCGAACGAGAUCGCGAUCGUGAACGUGAUCGGGAUCGUGAACGUGAGAAGGAGAAAGUCAAGGAGAAGGAUCCGCGUGAGCGUGAUCAUCGCGAGAAGGAAGGGACCGGUGAUCGUGACCGGGGCAAGGAGAAAGAGCGCGAAAAGGAACGUGAACGGGAGCGGGACCGUGAGAGGCAGCGUGAAAAGGAGCGUGAGAAGGAGCGAGAGCCACAACAGGAGCGAGAGAAGGAACGCGAUCGUGAAAAGGAUAAAGACCGGGAGUCGAAACAAGAGCAGGCAAAGAAGAAAACGCGCGAUUCCAGCGAGGACGAUCGGCGUGACAAGAAGAAGGAGCGCGAUAAAAAGAAACGCAAAAAGGAGAAGGAAUUGGAGAAAAAGAAGCACAAAAAAGAGCGAAAGGAAAAGGAUAAAGAGCGACGCUCCAAGGAUCAUCGGAAGGAGCAUCGGGCGCCGGAGAAGGAAGAGGAAGAGCCAGAUAGUUCGCAGCAACCGGCAACACCGACGCUUCGACCGGAUGUGACCGGAACGCAGACAGCCGUGUUGACGGAUGACGGUGCAACCGGUGAAGCCACGCAGCGUCUCGUGCCGGACUGUGGCGACAAUCAAGAGGAGCGUCCCGAGAGUGCCGCCACCGGUGGAGAGGAGGAAGAUGACUCGGAAGCGAAACAUUCGGAUUCCGCUGAAUCUGAUGAUCGCGAGCAAGAGGAUGCCACCGAGCAGGGCCGGCAUAAACAAGCGCCGUCUGGCCAUGCUCAGCCGCCGCAACCGCAACAGCAGCAGAUCGAUGGGCACGAUCACACCGAUCUGUACUCCGACAUUCCGGAUAAGUAUGAAGAGGAUCAGCUGGAGCGUUCCGUGUUAUCGGAGGAGCACGACCUUGGUGAUGAUCAGCAACAGCAGCUUCUCGAGGAACAAAGUGGGUUGAAUCUCGACCCGAACGAUGAUAUGAUGACUUCUACCGAUCCGCACGGGAUGGCCGCCGUUGCCGAUAGUACCGAAUCGAUGCGACCGGACAGUGACGGUGGCGAUGGUGAUAUGCUGUUACUGAAGCGAUCCGAUUCGGUGCUGGAUUUGCACGCGAAUCUUGACUUUGAACCGGAACUGGAUGACAGUGACCAGCAAAUGGGAGGCGGAACCACCAUCGGUGGUCCGGACGGGCACGGUCAACAGCCGAAAGAGGAAGGUGGCGCGUUUAUGCCGGAACUUUCCAAGUGGGAAAUGGACGAGGAAGCGCAGAUACACUCGACCGAUGAGAGACAGGGACGGGAAGUGGCAUCUUCAUCGUUCAGCGAUCCGUCCCGCGACGCUUCGGGGGCAGUGACUGCUGCCAGUUUGGCCCAAGGUGGAGGUGCUGGUGGAAAGGUUACGAGCGAGGUACUGAAGCGGGCCGAAAAUGCUAUCUUUACCCGUGCGAUCAAUGCGAUCCGUCCGAUCGAGAUCAAGAAGAUCAGUAUGGAGCGACAGAAGCUGUAUACAGUCGCCGGUAGUGGUAACGAUUCGCUUGAAUCGUCGCCACGGUCGGCUCUGGAUGGUGGUGGUAAGCUUUUGAAGCAAGAGCAUGACGAUCUGAAGCGGUUCCAGGUCACGGUGCCAGUGAACGACGAGUGGCCAGAAAGAUCGGUGGAAAUCAAACCGGACGUUAAAGUGGAAAGCCGUGUAUCACCGAUCCGUGCCUCAGUCAAGGAGCGACUCGGUAGCAAGGUUCCGGAUUCCCGUUCGAGGACACCACCGCGCAGGAGGGGUGGACCCAGAGGUAACAACACACCACAGGACAACAGCAGGGGUGGAAAGCAAUCUUCCGAUCGACGGCGUGGUUCAUCCCGUAGCCGAAGCCGCACACUUGACGAGUCCAACAGCAAUCGGAAGCGCUCAGAUGGUGGUGAUCGUUCGAUCGGUGGACAAAAAGGUGGCAACAACACAUCCAAGCAACAGCAGCAACACCUGCCGGAUCGUCGAGCGGUUAUGCGUGGGCCGAGCGCCGAAAAGCGAUCGGAUCGUAGUGGCAACAACAACGAUCGGCAGCGAGACCGCAAGGAUCGUUCUACCGGUGGUCGCCGUGAUCACAGCCGUGAGCGAAGUGAUACAAAGAAACAGGAUCAAUCAGGCGGACCGCAACAACAGCAGCAGCAGCGUGGACGUGGUGGAAGUCGUGAGCGCGAUCGUUCCGGACCUUCAGGUGGCCGUCGUAGCAGAGAGCGAAAGGAAACGGGCAAGGAUAGAAGCCAUAAGGAUGACUCUGGACGUGCCAAACAAGCCGAUAGUAGCGAUCGCAAGCAAUCAUCAUCACGGCUGCCUGGUAACGAGGAAAAGGGAGGCGCUACUCCCAGUUCCACUACCGGUGGUGAGCGAUCAACAUCGAACCGUCGUACCAAUGAUCGAUCUUCACCCGAUCGCACGUCACGGAAGCGUUCGGCGGAACAUUUGCGUGACAAUGUGUCCACCACGGAGCCACAUUCACGGCGUGACGACAGCACCGACGGUGGGAAGCGUAGUAAACUAGAAAAACCCUCCAAGAGCUCCACGAGUACGAGCGGUAAGGUGACGCCAGGCACGGCAUCAUCGUCUGGUGGUCCUGCUGCUGCUGCUGCUGCCACCUCCGGGCAUCCGGCUGCUGGCGGUAGUUCAAGUGAUUCGAGCAGCAGCGAUACAGACUCAUCCUCGACGGAUAGUAGCCCCGAUUCGGACGGUGGCCACGGGCGUAGUGGCAGCAAGAAGCGCAAGAAGCGCAAGCACAAGAAGGAGCGUAAGCGUGCCAAACGCUCCGCAUCGAGCGAAUCGAACGACGACUCGGGUGGGAAGCGGAAGAAGUCAAAGAAAAAGUCAAAAUCUUCAAAGAAAAAGAAGAAAUCGAGUAAACACAAGAAAGACUAAGAGUGGCCCGGUCACCGGAUGG